AUGGACUCAAUCGACAGGAUCAACUCUUCUACACAGGACUCUCCAAUGGCAAAGCUUGGAAUCGCCUCCGAGGUCACUCAAGUCAGAGUCGCAGUCACCCAAGCUGAACCCAAAUGGCUUGACUUGCAGGGUUCAAUCGACAAGACCUGUGCGUUGAUCAGCGAGGCAGCCAGAGGGGGUGCUCAACUGCUGGCGUUCCCUGAGUGCUGGGUUACAGGAUAUCCUGCUUGGAUCUGGGCACGACCAGGAGAUACACACCUCACGAGCCGGUACAUCAAGAACUGUAUGCGUACCGAUGGUCCAGAGAUGGCAAAAAUCCAGCAAUGCGCGGCCGACAACGAUAUAACCGCGAUCAUCGACUCUGACGGCAAGCUACUAGCCCUUCGACGCAAGAUCAAAGCUACCCAUAUGGAGAGAACAAUCUUCGGUGAUGCUUCUGGGGAUGCUCUCACAAGUGUUGUCGAUACAAAGGUCGGCCGUGUCGGAGCACUCUCUUGCUGGGAACACAUACAGCCGCUGCUCAAGUAUUACCUCUACAGCCACCGUGAGCAGAUCCACGUCGCUGCGUGGCCGCCAUUGCAUCCCUACAAGGACGAGAAAGAAUUGUGGUCCAUGUCGAGAGAAGGCGCCCGCGCAUUAUCCCAAACAUAUGCAAUCGAGUCACAAGCCUUUGUCCUUCAUGCGACAGCCGUCAUAAGCGAACAUGGAAUCAGUCUCAUGAACACAGAAGGGGGGGAUGUCAUGAAUACCCCCGGAGGAGGUAGCUCUGCGAUCUUUGGUCCUGAUGGGAGGAUCUUGACAGAGGAUUUGCCCCAAUCUGAGGAGGGAAUCUUGCUUCUCUCUAAAUUCCACCGCAUGAACAACAUAAAGGAGCUCGACCAUGCCAUGCCUCAAGGCACCAACGAACUAUGGCCAGGAUAUUCGCAUCGUGAGGAUUCGGGCUAG